AGUUGGUGUUUAGCGGUUACCCUGAUCACAUCACUUGAGUGGAGCUUCCGCACCGCAGGCUCCCUAAAGCGCAAUUUUGUGUAUAUUUUCAUGAGGAAGAAGUUACUUCUUCAGUCAUUUAACUAACACACUGUGCAAAUAAAAAAAACAGAAUAAAACUUAAUUAAAUGUAAGGACAUCAAAAAUAUCCCCUAAAUUGUUGAUUAAAGUGCGAAUUACAGUAUAAAGGAUAUACAGUGAAAAUCCAUGGAAAUUUUAGUGUUAUUAAACAAUUUAAAUUGUCAGUGAUUUUCAGUGAUUGUUUUAAUAAAAAAAAUCGAAAGUGAAAAUAAGAUAUUUUUGAACGAGGAAAAGUUUUUAGGGUUUUUUGAUAAAGAAUUUCAUAAAAGAAAAAGUUUAAAAAAUAACUGUUCAAGGAAAAUUGAAAUAUUUCCUACUUACUCAUUCCUCCUCUGUGAAUUGUCGUUUCACGCGUAAUUGCAAAAGGAAGUGCCGCAUAAGAUCAAAUUCCUUCCUGGUUUCCAUCUGCGUGCUUGGCGGAGUGGAGAAUGGUGCCUAUACCAAAAUGACCCAAUGAUUGUGUGUCAGGAGACCACUUGGUUGUAUCUUAGUGCACACAUCCAUCAAUUUAUACUCUCAAAGCAGAACACAACGUCCUGCCACCAUGGAUGAGACAUUUGUAGUGCCAAAUGUUGGAUAUGAGAACUACACGCGAGAGGCCUUGCGCCAGUUCAUUGUGAAUCUGACACAGCAAUCACCGGACUUGGUGAAUCUUACAUUCCUGCGAAAUGUUUCCGACGCCGUGACGCAUUCAUCGAGGGACCCCAUGUCUGUGGUGAUCCCCAUAACAGUCUUCUAUGCUGUGAUAUUUUUAGCGGGUGUCUUGGGCAAUGUCACCACCUGUACUGUGAUCUCGAGGAAUAAGUCAAUGCAUACAGCGACGAAUUUUUACCUCUUCAAUCUGGCUGUGUCGGAUCUCCUGCUGCUUGUCUGGGGAAUGCCACCAGAGAUAUAUAACAUUUGGUAUCCAGCUCAGUAUCCCUUCAAUCAGUCCUUCUGCAUACUGCAGGGAUUGCUCUCGGAGACCUCCACAAAUGCCACAGUGCUCACCAUAACAUCCUUCACCGUGGAACGCUACAUCGCCAUCUGCCACCCAUUUCGGCAGCACACCAUGUCUAAAUUGUCUCGAGCUGUGAAAUUUAUUCUGGCAAUUUGGAUUGUGGCCUUCUGCCUGGCCAUACCGCAGGCCUUCCAAUUUGGCAUCGUGGCCGUGGAAACGAUUGGGAGCAUUUGCACGGUUAAGAAUGUCUUCGUGGAGCACGCCUUCGAAAUCUCGAGUUUCAUCUUUUUCGUGGGUCCUAUGACACUCAUUUGCAUAAUGUACAUCCUAAUUGGUGUGAAACUCCAGAAUUCUAAGCUACUGCAGGGUACCAAGAGGAGAGGUAUCAGUGCUCAGACGAGGGUUAUUAGGAUGUUAGUUGCCGUAGCUGUAGCAUUUUUCCUGUGCUGGGCACCAUUUCAUGCUCAGCGCUUAAUGGCCGUCUACGGAUCAACGGUGCAGACACCACAUGAGAUCUUCUACAAUAUUUACACAGCCUUAACCUACGUCUCUGGCGUCUUGUACUUCCUUUCUACCUGCAUCAAUCCACUGCUCUACAAUAUUAUGAGCCACAAGUUCCGGGAUGCCUUUAAGUCAACUCUCGCACGGCACUGUGGUUUUGGCAGCAAAUACCAUGGACAAAAUCACAACUACAGCGCCCUGAGCAGAGCAGCAGGUGUUGGGGCUGGUGGGUCCCUGAGGUUGACCGCAAAUCUGAAUAGGAAUGCCAACAAUUUAGCUGAGGUGGGGCAAAUUGAGAAGCCUGAAUCGGACCUUUCGCUCAUCCAUGGGAAUCAUCAGGCGCUCAAUCUCAUGAAUAACUGCUUUAAAAUGGACAAUGAGGGUGACAUUAGACCUCCACCCUAUCAUACAUCUGAAAGUCAGCUCACUAUUACCACCGCUCUCAGUCGUACGGGAACAGCAGAUGGAAAACUGAUUCCGGUUGAGGCUUACAAAGCACCACCCACUCCUGUUUCACCCAUAAAGACCAUCACGACCGCCAUCUCACCCUCAAAGGGUAGUGAGGGUCAGUCCAGUGGGAAGGUUAAAUUCCACCAUUCGGCAUUGUCAACGAUUGCAGAGAAAUUGCGGCGCAGCACUAAAAUGGUAUUCCACCUGAAGUCCUCACACAAUGGCGAUACAGAGAUUAAAGCGUCCGAGGAGAAAUUGAAGAAGCUCAAUAGCGUCGACAGUGCUCACUCCAAUACCAUCAGCAAUUCGAGCCUCCAGGAAAUGGAUGAGGAGCUCAACAGUUCCGAUUUAGUGCGGUACAUGGAGGAGAUUAACAAUGAAAUUAAGAACUAGCAUUGACCAUGAAUGUGUCAACUGUAGCGACAACAUCUCAAUGUGCAUCCAUAGCGGAGAGCUGUCAUACAGUUGAACAAUUCAAUAUCUCAAAUCUCUGACAUAAUCCUCAAAAAACUGCAACGAAAAGGAAAAAUGUACAAUCCUGGCAAACAAUUUGCCAUGUGGAGAGUCCUUUUGAGAUGUGAUUAAAUUUCACAUGAAGAAAUAACAUAAAGCUGUAGCAUAAUGUAUUAAUGCAUAGAAUUAAGAUGUAAAGAAAACGAAAUAUAGUUGUUGCAUAUAUAGUUUUGCAAAGAUUUUAAGAUGAUAUAAAAAUGAUUUACAUAAUAAGAAGCUUAGUUGAGUUAUUUAUUAUAAGCAUUCAUUAUGUAAAGUUUUUAAGAAAACUUAAAAAGUUUUUAAACAUACACAAAAUAUAUACAUACAUUAGAAGAUU